GUAUUUUUUGUGCAGGAGCUGAUCUCAAAGAGAGAGCCGAAAUGGCAGCGCAUGAGGUUGGACCAUUUGUAUCCAUGGAUUGGGCAGCAAUAAUGGAACUACACAGCCUACCAAUGCCUACGAUUGCUGCUUUAGAUGGCCACGCCCUAGGUGGUGGGCUUGAAAUGGCCCUGUCAUGGACUUUAGGAUUGCUGCAAACAUUAAUUGAUGUUCGAAUUAGUCCAAAACACUUAUCAUCAUCUUUGAUCACACUUUACAAAGUUGGUGCAAAAUGGUCUGACAGCCUGUCGGUUUCUGUUUUUUUAGAGGGUACUCAACGUCUACCAAGGCUAGUAGGUAUCUUAAAAGCCAAGGAAAUGAUAUUCAUAGGCAAAAUGAUCAAUGGUACAGAAGCCGAAGAAAUAGGUUUGGCUGAUUAUGUUGCUGAACAAACUGAAAUUGGUGAUGCAGCAGAUCAAAGAGCACUUGUUUUAGCUGAAGAAAUUCUUCCCCGAGGACCUGUUGCUGUGAAGAUGGCCAAACUAGCAAUUAACAAGGGAAUCCAGCAAUGGCUCCAAAGUUAA